AUGCGGAAGACUUCUUAUGUUGUCGCCUUUUUCGCCGUCAUUGGGACCUUGGUCCUGAACGUCAUUUCUAUCCAACGGCCCGACUGGCUGGUGGUUAACAACCCCGAGGUCCUCCGUUCCAAGACCACUGUGCGAUACGGACUGACCCAGCGCUGCGAGCGGCAAGUGAUCAUUAUACCCGGCCUUCCAGAUGGCAGCAAGCUUGCGUACACCGACUACAAAUGUCGUCCAUUCCCCAACCGCGUCACCGACCGCUGCGAGAAGGAGGAGAAGGCCUUCUGCAUGACAUGGAGUACCGCUAGUUACCUGAGCGUGCUCGGCGCCGGCUUUGCAGUUGUUUCAUGCCUUGCCAUACUCUUCGGCGUGAGCACUCAUUCAAGGAGGCGAAGAAUUUGGAGAGCUGUAGCAGGGUUGACUGCGUUGCAUGUUGCCUUCCAGAUUGCAGCCUUCAGUGUUGUCACGUACCUCUACAGCAAUUCUCGCUUCCCCACGUUUGAACGAGCUAGGCCCGGGCCUGCCUACAUCCUCAACAUCCUCUCGUGGAUAUUCGGCAUUAUCGUUACUAUCGGAAUCCUCACAACUGGUAUCUCAGCGAGCAAGGGCCACAGAUGGGCUGCCGGCAACAGAGCGUACCAGCCUAUCCAAGGAUGA